AUGGCCUUCCUCGCCCGUAACUUCCAUGACUCUGGCGCGAGCUUUACCCCACUUUUUCGUCUCCUAGACGAGUUCGACAACUACCACCACAAGUCUCAGAGCAACAGCAACGGCGGUCCUUUCGGGCACCUCGGCCACCACCACAAAACGGGCGGCAGAAAAAGCACCACCACAUUUUACCCCAAGUUCGAUGUCCGCGAGACAGAUUCUGCCUUCGAGCUCCAUGGCGAACUCCCAGGUGUAGAGCGUGAUGGGAUCAAGAUUGAGUUCAGCGAGCCUCAGACACUGGUGAUCCGGGGUCGCACCAAGCGGGCUUAUACGUCUUUGCCCCCCCCUGCUACAGUAGCGAGUCCCAUGGACAAGAAUAGCGUCAAUGUAGAGGGUGAGAAACCCGGGAAGGGGGGAGUCGAGACUUCAGAGCACACUGUCGCAUUGCCUGCUGUGGAGGAUAGCAACAGCAACAACAAACCAGGGAGCGGCCAAAAGGAGUACAAGGAGGGGAAGGCGCCUACGGCCCAGGCCAAGGUCUGGUUGAGGGAGCGCCCCGUCGGCGAGUUUGCGCGCACCUUCAGCUUCCCGGUGCGUGUCGAGGAGGAGAGUGUGUCAGCCGGUCUGCGUAAUGGGAUCUUGAGUGUUGUGGUACCCAAAGCGAAGAAGUACGAGGCACGCCGCGUGGCUAUCAACUGA